UCCGGGCGCUGCUCGUUCCUGCAGGCUCGGCCGGUGGCCGCUGUCCGGCGCUGGGUUCCCGGCGCGGCGAGGCGGAGAGGCCCGGGCCCGGCGCCGCCCGCGCAGCCCUUGGUCGCGGCCGCCGGCGCUGCACCGCGGCGGGGGGCGGGGCCGGCUGCCGGGGAGGCCCGGGGGGCUGGGGAGCCUCCCGGCCCGGCCGGGUGACACGGGCUGGGGCUCCGGCCGCAGCCACAGUGGCCCGGCCGCCGCGUGACUGGCCGCAGUCACGCUGUGCUUAAUCACAAUUAGCUUGUGCUCCGGGCUGGCCGCGCUCCCAUUUCUCCCAGCCGGUGACCCCGGGGAUUUCUCUUAUGGUGGCUUUCUCUGAAAUGCCAAAACCACCCGAUUAUUCAGAACUGAGUGACUCUUUAACGCUUGCCGUGGGAACAGGAAGAUUUUCGGGACCAUUGCACAGAGCAUGGAGAAUGAUGAACUUCCGUCAGAGGAUGGGAUGGAUUGGAGUGGGAUUGUAUUUGUUAGCAAGUGCAGCAGCAUUUUACUAUGUUUUUGAAAUCAAUGAGACUUACAACAGGCUGGCCUUGGAACACAUUCAGCAGCACCCGGAAGAGCCCCUUGAAGGAACCACAUGGACCCACUCCUUGAAAGCUCGGUUACUCUCCCUGCCGUUUUGGUUUUGGACGAUUAUUUUUCUGAUCCCUUACUUACAGAUGUUUUUGUUCCUUUAUUCUUGUACAAGAGCUGACCCCAAAACGGUGGGCUAUUGUAUUAUCCCCAUAUGCUUGGCAGUUAUUUGCAAUCGCCACCAGGCAUUUGUCAAGGCUUCUAAUCAGAUCAGCAGACUACAACUGAUUGACACGUAAAAUCAAGUAAAAUCAAAUCGGUCACCAUUUUUCCUUACAGUACAAAACUGCCAGUGCUAUAUGGAACCUGAUCACAAGACUGCAGUUUCUUCACAGAUCUCAGGAAGUUGUGGUGGGGCAGAGGCUUUCUAAAAAGUGUGACCAGGGGGCUCUCUUUAUCGGAAUAAUAAUGACUUUUUAAAUGAAGCCUGAGAUACAG